UGCGUGAAUAUUUAUUUCUAUAUCAUUAUCCCAAAUGGAUCGACUUCUACGCGAAUAUAUUAUUAUUAUAGGAACACGAAGAUGCAUCUAUUUAUUACUUAAUCAUUUGUUGUUUUUUGUUCGUAAAAGAAUAUCGGAAAGCCUAGUAAAGACCCUUAGACCGGAUUCCGUCGCAGAUGUGUGCUCUCGCCUUGUCCCCGGCGACAAUCGCCGCCGUUCGCCCUCCGUCAUCUCGUGACUUUCUCUCCGCCUCCGGACCGGUGGUGCUCAGGUCCUCUGUCUUCGCUCCCUUUUCGCUGUCUGGUUCUCGCGGUCCAGGCAAAUGCGCGUCUCCGAUCUCGACCUCGAGGAGAUCAUUGAGGAUUCGAUGCGAUGUAGCGGUAAAAUCUGAGGCUUCCGUUGAUGCAGGACUCGAUCCUUCUUCGUCUGAGGCCGAGGAGAAGUCGAAGGUUGGGGCUAGGGUUAGGGUGAGCGUGCCGUUGAAGGUGUACCAUGUGGUUCGCGUGCCGGAGGUGGAUUUGACGGGUAUGGAAGGUGUGAUCAAGAAUUAUGUUGCUGUCUGGAAGGGGAAGCGAAUAUCCGCGAAUCUGCCUUACAAGGUAGAGUUUGUGAAGGAGAUCGAGGGACGUGGUCCUGUCAAAUUCUUCGCGCAUCUCAAGGAAGACGAGUUCGAGUUCAUCGAUCAGUGAUUAAUAAGGCAAUUUUCCCUAUCCCCUUCUGUCUCACACUGAUAUCCGUGAAUGCGAAUUCGUUGUUGUGAAUGAUUGUAUUGACUAUGUAUACCUUCAGAAUAAAACAUAUGUUUUGCCCGAAAUUAGGAGUGCUUUGCUCUCUGCUAUUCUUGAUUUCUCAUUCUCAGCUAAAUGAUUACUCUCGUGGAUGGGGGGCAAUAAAGGUUGUAUCUUGAUGA